AUGACCGAAUCAAUUCGGCUCAUCCCUACUGCUUCUCAGUUGGUCACUGACUCAUAUGCUACCCUGAGUCAUUGCUGGGGCCCAAAUCCGAGCUUUUUUACCUUGACCGCCGGCAAUCUUGCAGCAUUUCAAGCACGAAUCGACAUCACGGAGCUACCGAAAACGUUUCGCGAUGCCAUCCUGUUUUGUCGGAACAUUGGUAUUCGGUACCUUUGGAUUGAUAGUCUAUGCAUAAUUCAGAGUGGGGAUGGUAGCGAAGUCGAUUGGCUCCAGCACGUCUCAUUGAUGCCACAAAUUUACAGGAACGCUAUCCUCAAUGUUUCUGCAGAUUGGGCAUCUUCGUCGCAGCAUGGACUCUUCCACAUCAGGACUCCAGUCAAGAAGAUCGAGUACAAGUCCCAAGCGUUGCAACACAGCCUUGCGGCGGCGCCGUUACAAAAACGUGGAUGGGUAUUGCAGGAACGGGUUAUGUCACCUCGGAUCAUACAUUUCGCACAAGACCAGCUACAUUGGGAGUGUGCCCAGUCCCUGAGCGUUAGGAACGAGGUCGAAACCAUACCAACAUCCGUACUCCGAAGGUCUCGACCUCUGAACAACGAAAACCUCCAAUUGCAGAAAUUCUGUGAAUUAGUGGAAGAGUACAGUAAUCGCCGGCUUACACACGUGAACACGGAUAUAUUCCCUGCCUUCGGAGCAAUCGCUGAACACUUCGCCAAAAACUUGGAUUCACGGUACAUUGCGGGCUUUCUAGAAUGCCAUCUCCCGAGCCUCCUUGCUUGA